AUGCCUGUGUCUGAAACAGAGAAAACACAUACUAAAGUUGAGGAUAACCAAGGCGAAGUAACACCUUCUAAUCAUUCCGGAUCAAGUUCUUCCGUAAAAGGAAAGAAACUAAUUAUUCGUCCAGGAUCUAAUAAAAGAUCCCUUAGAGGAAACAUACAAGAGCCACAAAUCAAAAGAUCAUUAACUGCUAUGGAUGAUAAUGAUCGUGAUAUCGAUAUGGACACUGAACAAGAGCUUGAUAACUCUCUAGAAGAUGCUUUAAGUCAAGUCGAAAAUGAGAAAAUCGUCAGCAACUUUUCAGUGCCAUCAACUCAACAUGCUCAGUUCCACAAUGGCAUGACACAGUCCAAAAAAUUACAAAUUCGAAACUAUAGAGAAAGUGAUAAACGAUCGCGAGAAUUUGAUACUAUGUGGGCACUGCUUGAAAGCAGCGUGAAUGCCAUAAACAAGCAUGAAAAAGUUUUGUGUUCUUAUGAAUCUCUCUAUAGGACGGUUUAUAAUCUUUGUAGAAAUGAAGGUCCAGCUGUAUACGAUAAGCUUCAAGCUCUUAUUAAAAGCCAUGUCGUUGUGUUCAGACAUGAUCUAUUCCAGGAAGUAGAAAACAAUAUGUCUAAUUUUCUAGAAAAAAUUGAAAGAGUUUGGACGGAUUUCUGUUCCCAAGUGACUAUGAUUCGUAGUAUCUUCAUUUUCCUCGAUAGGGCUUAUGUACUACAACAAACAUCGGUUUUAUCUAUAUGGGAAAUGUCUUUGACACUUUUCCGGAUAGAAAUUCUGCAGUCUUCACUGAUCAAGCAAAGGAUAGUCACAGAUGUUCUUAAGCUUAUCACCGAUGAGAGAAUGGGAAAACAAGUUGACCGAUGUUUGAUCAAAUCUAUACUUCGAAUGUUAUGUAGUUUACAAAUCUAUCAACAGGUCUUUGAGGAACCUUUCUUCCGAGCAACAGAAACCUUGUUCCGCAAAGAGGGAGAAAAUUAUUCCCAAUCACUGGAAGCCAGUGAUUAUAUUCGUUAUGUGGAUAAACGACUUCAAGGUGAAGUCGAACGAGUUAGCUUCUAUCUGGACGAUAGCAGCAGAGUUAAACUUUUCGAAAUUACGGAGAAUUGCUUAAUUACCGACCAUAUGCAACAAAUACUUAACAGAGGCCUCGACCGUCUAUUAGAGGAUCACAAUAUUGACGAUUUAGCAUUGAUGUUUAUAUUAUUGACCCGAGUGAAAGAAGGUCAAGUUCUUUUGAAAAACGGUUUUGUUGCAUAUAUCAAGCGAGUGGGAAAGAGUCUUGUGUUGAACCCGGAACGUGAUAGAACUAUGGUUGAAGAUCUGAUGGUGUUCAAAACGAAGAUGGAUACUAUAGUACAAAAAUGCUUCGGCAAUCAGGAUAAAUUCUUACAAGCUCUAAGAGAUUCAUUCGAUUACUUCAUCAAUACGAGACCGAACAAACCUGCCGAAUUAGUAGCUAAAUUCAUGGACGCCAAGAUGAGGAGUGCCAACAAGGAAGCUAGUGAUGAGGAGCUAGACCAAUUGAUGGACAAGGCGAUCACUUUAUUCAGAUUCAUUCAAGGAAAAGAUGUGUUUGAAGCGUUCUAUAAGAAAGAUUUGGCGAAGAGACUCCUUCUGGGAAGGAGUGCUUCAGUAGAUGCCGAAAAAUCUAUGCUGAGCAAAUUAAAGCAAGAAUGUGGAGCCGGGUUCACUCAUAAAUUGGAGGGUAUGUUCAAAGAUAUGGAAGUGUCUAAAGAUUUAGCGCUCGCUUUCCGACAGCACAAUGAGCAUGAAGCUGAGUUAGGAAAACGUUCUGUGAAAAUGGACUUCUGUGUUAAUAUUCUCACAUCAGGACAAUGGCCUCCAUAUGAUGCCGUUGACAUUACAUUACCCUGUGAUAUGGCUCAAAGUUUGAAGAUGUAUCAAGACUUCUAUAUCUCGAAACACAACGGUCGUAAACUACAAUGGCAACAUUCACUAGGACAAUGUAUGCUGAAAGGAGUUUUCCGACCGAACUGCGUGAAAGAACUUCAAGUAUCUCUGUACCAAGCAGUUGUUCUUCUGUUAUUUAAUGAUUGCCAAGAAUACUCAACUACGGAUAUUGGAAAUGCAACCAAAAUUGAAGCCAAAGAGCUAAAACGAACUUUACUCUCGUUGGCGUGUGGGAAAGUUCGAGUAUUACAGAAGACACCUAAAAGCAAAGAUAUUCACGAUGAUGACAAGUUUACUGUCAAUAAUGAUCUCCAAGAACGCCUUUACAGAAUUAAAAUUAGUCAAGUACAAUUGAAAGAGACCGAAGAGGAGCAGAAGCAAACUGAAGAGCAAGUCAAUCUUGAUCGUCAGUAUCAGAUCGAUGCCGCUGUUGUUAGGAUAAUGAAAACGCGAAAAGUUCUAUCCCAUCAGCAACUUAUUAAUGAACUAUUCGCACAAUUGAGAUUCCCGGUGAAAUCCACUGAUUUAAAAAAGCGAAUCGGCUCAUUGAUGGAAAGAGAGUAUCUUUGUCGCGAUAAUGAAGACACUACUCUUUACAAAUACGUGUCUUAA